AUGCCUUUGAGGCCUGCUGCUACGAAUAAACGCAAGGAACCCCCAUAUUCAUCGUCCAACGGUAGGAAUGAUGCUGGGAGAGGUCCAGCCAUGAAGCGCAAUAAGAUCAUGGAUGCGCGAUCGAUAAUGACCCAGACAGCCGACGCUGCUCUCAAGAAUGGUGACCUAGAUUUGCAAUCAUUCCUGAAUGCGCGAGAAUAUGAAAUAAAGGCAUUGGAAGAUGGCAUGAAAAGGUCAAAGGGUGCCUUGUCUACCAGAGCAUUCCAACAAGUGCCCCGGGAUAUGAGAAGGAGAACAGCAAGUCAUAAUGUGAAGAGAGUACCAAAACGUUUACAAAAGAGAGGGGCAAGAGAAAUGAAAGAGGACAAUACACCGACUGUCAACGCAAACAAGAGAAAACCGGGAAGUUCCAGGGGUCGCAUUCGUGCAGAAACGGCCAAGAAGUUAGGAAUUUUGGCAGACAAGAAAAGGGCCUCAAAGGGUGCAACUAAUGUGGCAGGAAUUAUAACUAGAGCUGCAAGACCGAAGAUACGGCAGAAUGCUUUGAACGAGCCUCAGAAACCGCCGUCGAAGUUUCGAAAGCGACAAAUUCAUAAAACUUGGUUACCUACCCAUUUAUGGCAUGCGAAGAGGGCGAAAAUGACAGAACCCAAAGAGCCACUUUGGAGGAUGGCCAUACCACUCAAUUCAACAGAAAAAUCAUACAGACCGACACAUAGAGCAGGAGGAAGUAGAGGGGCUGUAGCUUGGGAUAUGAGUUACAUGGCUACUAUUGGUCUCAAGGGUUCAGUUGAGUCUAUCGGAAAGGUUCUUUUGGCCAUAGGCAUACCAGAGAUGGAUGUAAAUUCAGCAAGGGGCGCAAAAUGGAGAGCGGGGAAAAGGAGCUGGAAUGGGUGGCUUAGCAGAGAAGUGAAAGAACAAAAACUACAGAUUGGCCCUGCCGUCGCGUUUUGGGAUAUUCAUGAAGACUCAGAUAGCAAUGCUACCAAUGUAUCGAAAAAGUCAAUGAGACAAGUCUUGAUCAGAAUUCAUCCUUCUGCAUUCCUUGAAGCAUGGACUGAGCUCCUACGCCUGUCGAAAUUGCAACACCCAACCGUCCAGCUUGAAGACCUUCGUUUUGAGAUAGGAAGUAUCGAAAUAACAGGUCCUGGUUCAACAGAAGCUUUAAUUGGUACACUUCAUCCGUACUUCCAGUCCGAAGAUGAUCAAGAGCCACAUGCACAAACAUUUACUUCGCUAGCUGGUGUCACCAAUCCUGCAUCUUUACCUGCAAAUUCUACAUUGUCGUUCUCAAUUAUGGACCCUAGACUUCGAUAUCCACCUCGCAAGGUUGAACUUCCAGAUCCCGCUGACGAGGAAGCGACUUUUGAAUUGGCCGAAUUAUUAUCUUCUUGGCCGGCAGAUCAGUCACCAGCUUCAUCACACCUGUUUGAUCGAGACACACGAUACAAAGCUACCCGUCUUCCUUCACAGAAAGCCAUAAAUCGUCGCAAAACUUUAGCACCCCCAGGCACUUUUACUUCCAUCUCAGAACGUGAUCCUCCUAUACCAAUCAUGAUUAUCGCAUCAAGAAUGUCAAAUUCCUCAGCAGCACAAGGUAGCUGGACUCUUCUUGCUCCCUGGAAGUGUAUACUACCAAUCUGGUAUGGUUUGAUGCACUUUCCCUUGUCAUCUGGCGCCAAUCCUCGUUUUGGAGGUCUACAGGAAUUGAGACAAUCACACUUCGAGCAUGGAGUCCCAUGGUUUCCAGCUGAUUAUUCUGGAACCAAUGCUGGGCACGCUUGGGAAGUUGAACAGAGGUUGAAAAGAAAACGAGAAUGGGACAAGAGACCCAAAGGCAAGAGAGUCGAGUGGAAAUCUCUUGAUCUUGGUGGUGGAAGGAAAGGAGAGCUUGGAUUAGGCUGGGCAUGUGACUUUGAGAAAGUGGCCGGGCUGUCUACAUUACCUGAUAACGAACAGAGUGAUGCGAGUAGUGGUGAUGGGCCAGAAACUACUGCUGAGCCUAAAGACAAAACCACCGAGAAUCCUUUCAACCAACUCUCUAGUAGGUCAUUCUCUUCUCUGCUUUCGUCUCCCACGGCAGGCCUUCCAGCACCAACAGAGCUCACCACUAUCCGUCUAACACUCUUAACUCGUGGCGUCGCUACUCCCAGCGCUCGUAUAUACCGUCUCCCAGCCGAAUCAAUUCUUAGCGAAGAUUCUAUAAACUCCACAUCUACCACACUCCCUACUCUCCGUCAAGAAUGGCUUUCCCUCGUUCCCGCGCCUCUGCAUAAGAAACCACCACCAAACCCCAAAGCCAAAGACCUUAAAAACAUUGGUAAAAUACCAUUCAACACACCAUUACCCCAACGUGUCCAACUUCUUGCAAAAUCUCUGCUACAGAACCCACCAUUACAAUAUCCAAAGGAGAAAAAUGAUUCGGAGAAUCAUCCUAUGGUUCCUGGCGAGGAAGAUCUUGUUGGGUUCGUUACCACUGGGGAAUAUAAUUUGGCGGAGGGGAAAGGUACCGCGUUUGGGACUGUGUUUGCAAGGGAGAUGGUGAAGGAGACGAGGAGUAGGGGGUUGAGGGAGGGGUGUUUGUGUGUGGUGAGGAAUGCGGGGGAGACGGUGGGGAGAUUGGCGAGGUGGGAGAGCGCUUGA